GUCUUUUUAACAAAACUUUUGUUGAGUUUGAAGAUAACUACCAGCAUAUCCAUGAAAACAGCCUUUUCCAUGAGACUUUUUUUAUGCCUUUUUAACAUUUUUUUGUUUUUUAUCUGUUUGUUUGUGUAUGUGGAAUAUUGAAUGGUGUUAUGUUUGUUCAAUCCAAAAGUGGGAAGCCGUUCAACACUGGGCGAACUCUCGAGAUUUUUGCUGCAGUGCAAAAUGGACUAGCAAGUUUCAUCUACUUAACUCAGGCAGAUCUUGACUUACACCGGUCUAUUGAAAAGGAUCUUUCCAUCAGCUCUGCUCAGGGCAAAUUGUACGCGCUCACAAAGCAAUGCAAAAAUGGUGAACGCUACUUGAAACGUUUAGAGUUUGAACUGGCUAAAUUGGAAGAGCUUAUGGAUCAAUAUGAUGUUCACCUUAAAAUGCGAGAAGGUGUUCGUUCAAUGGCUUAUGCCUACACUAUGUCUAACGGUCCUGAGCGCGAUUCUGCUUUAUCCUCAGUUCGUUCAGGAUAUAAAGAGUGCACCGAGACUCUGUGUUUUCUCGAGUCUCGUUUGGAAGCCAUGUUGGGCACUUUUCAUCUUCAAAUGAAAGGAAUCCAGGGGUUUGCUCGUCUUUGCCCAGGUGAUGUUUUUGAGAUCACAAUAAAACACGGAGAUUCACAAAAGUGGAAAACUCGUGGUAAAAUUUUAAAAUCAGGUGAACAAUCGUGGGAUCAUCAAGCUACUAUAAUUAAAGCUCUUAUUGAGGAUAAGUUAACCAUCAAAGCUGUAGAGGUUCGUGGAUUGGGUAAAAAUAUCACCCUUGGUGUGAAAACAUGUGAAACGAAAGAUCUUUUCUCAGCUCGACCACAGUUGAUGACGAUUAAUCUAAAUUCAGUGGGAACUUUAAAGUUAAACUUGAUCAUUACCUGGAAUCCAUUGCACACAUCAACCACUGAUUCCAUUGGUCCUUCUGGAUCAACCCUUAGUCGUACUUCUUCAAGUUCACUUCUCGGCUCUAGAUCAAGCCUUACACUACCCUCACUAUUUUCCCCAUCUUCAUAUUCAAAGGCCAAGCUUAGUGCAACUUUACCACCUCCUCGGAUUACCGAGAUUAUCGAUGCAGAUUAUUACAUCCAUCGAACAUCAAGUCACCCACCAUCAUCAACAUCAUCUUCUACUUCAUCACCAGCCAAUGGGGGUAUCAAUGCAGCUCAUCAUGGUGUCGACAUGAAUAUCUCUAGUGGCCAUUGUGGAUCAUCAUCUCACUCUGAAGAAACUACACCUACCUCAACAUCUUCUGGAUCUCGUGGAUCAUCUUUACAUCUCACUGUUACCUCAGGUUUUGGUUCUGCUUCAGGUUCAGCAUCAUCUUACUGUGGAUCAACUUCAGUUCCCAAUUCAACUUUAACAAGUCCGGAAACUGAAAUUCCGCCAAGUUCAAUGCAGGCAUCAUCAAACGGCCAUGGAAAUAAUCAUAUCAUUAACAAUGGCUGUAGUUAUAUUGAUAGCAACAAUGAUAACAUUAUUUACAACAACAACAACAACAAUCUUAUCAAUGACCAUAACAAAGCAGUUAACAGUUCCUCUCAAUAUUCAAAGCAACAGAAACAAUCUGCAAUAAAGUGUUCGCCAUCAAUUAAUAGCAUGUGUCUUAAAGAGACUACAGAAAGGCUGCUUAAAGAGUUGGGUAAAUCAAGCCAAGAAAUAAUUGUUGAAGCAACAGUUCAUCAAAGCUCUUCUAGUCUUGCUACCUCAGCCACAACACCAACCGCAACAAACACAACUAGCAGUUCGAAUGCAAGUUUGUACUCAAACAAUAUUGAUAACAAUCACAAAUCGGGCGGAAAAGCAGCCUCCUACUCUUCAACAUCGUUGUCCUCUUCAUCCCAUCGUCAUCAUCCCAAUCAUCAAAGUCUCCAUCAACGUCAUCUUGUUUCCUCUCAUUCAUUGGCCAAUGUCUACUUUAAUAUUAGCGAUAUUCUUUUAAAUUUAAUGUCCUCUUUGGAAGAUAUUCAAGGGCAAUAUUCAGAAAUUCAUUAUCUUCACCAAUCAGUUCUUGAAUUGUACAGAAUUUUACGAAAUAUAAGCCGAUUACGAGGAUCGGUAUUUUGCAAUAAUAACAACCAAUAUCAUUCAAUUGAUGAUGGUAAAUGUUGUUCAACCACCGGCUGGAAGCAUGGAGACAAUAAUAAUACAAGUAAAUCUGAAAGGUACAAAAGGUUAGUUUCAAGUACUUCUGAUGUUUCAUUGUCUGUUGAAGAUGCAUUAGAGUGCUUCGAUUUUCUUAAUAGUGCAGUAACCGAUAGUGAUCCAGAAUCAUCGCCAGCAACAUCCACCAUGGUAACACCUAAAACUCGUAAAUAUGAUUCUAAAUCGCAUAGCAAAUGGACAAAACAUCGAUGCUCACCAUCUAAUCAUCAAAACUCAUCGCCUUCCCUCUUAAAGUCAAAAUAUGCAUCUGUAUCAGUUGCUGCAGGUCUUAAUUUAUCAGGUGAAAACUGUCAAACAUCUUCACCCUUUUCACGACCAGCAUCUCAUUUCAACAUUAGCCCAUCGCCAAUCCAUGCUUCAAAAUCACGAAGUCGUCUAAAUAAACACCAUUCAACCUCAACAACAGCUCUUUCACCCACAACCUCAUCAACAACAACAACAACCAAUUCAACUCCAAGUCCCAUUGAAUCACCUCAUCCACUCUCCUCCGGGUCUGAACAACUUGAUAUUUGUUUAAUGGCUCAUCUCAACUAUUGCCAGCGUCUUCUUCAAAAUCUUGGAUCUUUCGGUCCACUUCGAAUGAGAGAGAAACGUUCAUUAGAGAAACUUUCGUGCCAAGGAAUGGUUAUUCAUAGACUUGCCUGUCUAUGUUCCAAUUUAUGUGAUUAUUUUGUUGCCUCUUCACGGUACCUUGUUAGAUCUUCAAUCACUGAUGAUGAGGAACAACAGCAACAACAAGAACAACAAUUGAAAUGGUUGGAAGCUCAGUACCAAGGUAAACAGGAAACUGAGCUUUCAAUACUCCGAGAAGAUUCACGGAUCCGUAAACUGUGGGACACUGUUUGUUAUCAGAAUGUUUCCGUUGACAGUGAAGAGAUUGGUUCCAUGUUGCUCUGUGUUACCAGCGGUCAGUUUGCUCAAACAUUAGAAUCUUACAUGAGAGCCUUCCUCACACCCUCAGCCUGUGGGUCAUCAUCAUCAGGCUCUCGUCACGCUAAAUCACCUGGCAUCGGGAUGAGGGGACUAUCAACAUCAUCUUUAUCAUCCUCAUUAUUAUCAUUAUCUUCUCCUCCUGCCAACUUGUCAAUGUAUAAAAAAGUUGCCCAACUCAUAACUAAUCGGAUAAUUGAUAGUCCUCUCUUUGAAGAUGACUACGUUGUCACAAUAUUUCAAGUUGCCCUCUUCUUUCGAACCGAAAAUUGUUCUCUUGAAUAUCUAUUUAAAAGUUAUGCCGAGGAAAUCAGUCUAUUGGAAUCAUUAUCCAUCGAUAAUCCAGUUUCCUUGAAACAAUCACUCAAUCGUUUUAGGAAAAAUUUACCACCACAGGAGCCAUUAUUUAACAUUGCAUUGCUUUUACUUGAUUGUGAUCCAUUGGUUGUUGGAAUAGCAGAAAAGUAUUUCACUGAAGUUGCUCAAAAUAAAUCACUUCGCUCACAGCUUUUGGAGCAUUUCCUUGAAGGCCUGGAGGUUGAUUCUCGAUACGUUAGACGAGCAUCAUGUGCAGUAUUUAAACUUUUAAAGGCCUCGGAAUUCAUGGAGCAUUUGGCGUACAUAUCACUGGCUGAUGAUUGUCCUGAGGUUCGUGAACAAGCCAAAUCAGCGCUCUUCUCUUGUGGUUCUCUUGGUCGUAAAAUGUUCGAAGACUCUCAACUAUUUGCUCAUGGAUUUCAUCGAUUAACCGUGAAAUAAAGCAGCAGAGUCCUAAAAGAAGGGGAAAAUUGGUAAUAACAAUAAAUUACGAUACAUUUUUCACACGGAAACAAAUUAACUGAUAUCAAAUAGCUUUUAUUUGGUAAAUUAAUGAUUCCCUUGUUUUUUGUUUGUUUCUCAUCUUAAUUCUGAUUCCAUACACAAAUCAUAUCGUACAUUAAACAUCUAUUAUUAUAAUCAAUGUAACUUCCUUUUAGCAUCUGAUACACUUAGCAUCUUUAACUAUUGUACAAUCUGUAUUUUAAACUGAGAAAUGAAGCAAAUCCAAAGCAUGAAAAGGGCAUGAAAAAAUGUUUUAAAAAAUGA